AUGUUCACUGGCUUUUCCGACUCACCAUAUAGAUUGUCUUUCUCGCCGGAAGAAGAACCUGAGAAGAAGGAUGUACCGACGCAGACUACCGACCUGGCAUCCGGCAAACCCCGCGUGGUGUGGUCGAUUUACAAGACCUCAGAAGCUGCCGCACAAACUUCUUUCCUGGAUUGCAAGUUUAGCAGGGAUGAGGAAUCGGUGUCCCCGCGGAGGGGUGAUCCUGGUGAACUUAUAACUUCAAGCGUCCGAGAUUCCACCCAGGCUAUGCUCAGUGCCAUCCGCGGCGAGCUGCAGAAGUUCACGGUAGCACAGAGGACACAGAACGGCGAGAGCUUCGCCUAAAGGCUGAACGCAGACGAGGGCGUUGUUGAUGUAUACUCACUCAGCUGGUGACUGUGUCGGUGUAAGCUGGGCUGAAAAAAUGGCGUGGCUCCUAAUAUGGAAAGUGACAAAUUCUACUGGUGGAAAUCCGCAUGGUGGCGAAAUGCUUGUGAAAAAACAAAAAUAGCCCUUCACACAUUUCU